CCGUCCGUCAUUUCACGACGAGAUCUCGAACGUGUUGGUCGCGGUUUGUCCGUUUUGUGCUUUGUUCAGUAGAAGAAAAGUGCUUAUACAUAUGUUUUUUGUUUUAUUGUGUGUUCUAUUGAAAAAUCGAGAAACGAAAGCUGCUGAGGUUGUGUGUAGAAGUGUUUGCUAUUGUUUUUUUCUUUUUCAUUUCGUGCGCUAUCUUUUCGACUACCGUUUUAUUUGUACUGCGACGGUGAUUAUACGUUCAAUGAAAUAAAAAAAAUCGACAGCUACGGUGCGAAGAAACAAAAAAAAGUCUAUCUUUGGUAGCGGGUGACUACUGGGUGGGAACCAUCAUCAUCUCGACAAAAUCUUUUCGGGGUGUUAUUCAAGGUGCACCGUUUAAUUGAUGCUGUUCAUAGGCGUGAAAAGCGGUUGUGGGGGUAGCGGCGCAGCACAAAUAUCGCUAUUACUGAUUCCACAAGCAGCUGCCAUCAUAAAUAAGCUCGACCCAAAAUAUAAGCGAAAGCGAAGCAAUAGCGACAGCGAAGAAUGACAUGAAAAAGGCUUCCCACUGGUGUAUAUGUGCGUGUUUUCUGGGUGUUGUGCAAAGAAAAAAAAUAAUUAAAAUAGUGCCCUGGUAAAUGAGUGCAUAAAGCAGAGCGAGAAGUGAAAAAUAUGCUAAUUACUGGAACUUCUGCUCAAAAUACGGUGCAAUAAAUCCCCAUCAUCAGCAGGAGGUUUGCGAUGCAUCUGUGACUUCGCAGCGAUAUAAUAUAAUAUGGAAAAGUGGGAGCUGUAGGAUUAUCAACGGUUACUACGAACUAGGGCUGGAUGAUGCGGACGAGAAUCAUGUACUGUUGUAACGACUGUCGUUGACCUGCGCCGUGGGAUCGACUAUCGGGUGUAAACACAGCUAAGGACUUGCCUUCCCGGAACUAUUUACUACGGGCUACGCUUACUAUCGAGAAAUGGCGUCACUGAAGGUUGCUGUUCGCGUGCGGCCUUUUAAUCAGAGGGAAAAUGAACUGGACUCCAAGCUCAUCGUCCAGAUGGACGGCAAGAGGACCCGGCUGCUUAAACCGAAGUACGCCGGAGCUGGUGGGGCCCGGAUGGAGCUGAUGGCUCGCGGUGGACCGGAACCGUUCAACGAUUUUACCUUUGACCACUCGUACUGGUCGGUGGACGAGUCGGAUGGACACUAUACCCCACAGGACAAGGUCUUCGACGAUCUCGGGACGGAAAUUGUGGACUGUGCAUUUCAAGGUUACAAUGCGUGCGUUUUCGCGUACGGUCAGACCGGAAGCGGCAAAACAUUCACCAUGAUGGGCACACCGGAGGCACAGGGUCUGAUACCGCGAAUCUGCCGGUCACUGUUCGGACGGAUGAAGCUCGGCCAGGAGGACGGGGUCGGCUAUAAGACGCAGUGCUCCUAUCUGGAAAUUUACAACGAACGGGUAAAGGAUCUGCUAGGACCGAGCGGUGCUGGUCAUGGAUUACGGGUACGGGAACAUCGGACACUGGGACCGUAUGUGGAGAAUCUUUCGCAGCACCCGGUGUCCGAUUAUGGUGAAAUUCAAAACUGUAUGGUUCAGGGUAACAUCCUGCGAACUACGGCCAGUACCAACAUGAACGACACCAGCAGUCGGAGUCAUGCGAUCUUUACCAUUACGUUCGUGCAGGCCAGGUAUUUGGAUGAUAUGCCCAGUGAGACGGUUUCCAAGAUUCAUUUGGUUGAUUUGGCGGGAAGUGAACGCGCGAAUGCCACGGGAGCCACUGGUCAGCGGCUGAAAGAAGGUGCCCACAUCAACAAGUCACUGGUCACCUUAGGAAGUGUAAUCUCCGCGUUGGCAGAGCAAACGAAUCCAACUCACAACAAACGUAUUCUUUAUAUUCCCUACCGGGACUCGAUCCUAACCUGGCUCCUGAAGGACAGUCUAGGAGGAAACAGUAAAACUAUCAUGAUAGCUGCCAUUUCUCCGGCGGAUGUGAACUACAGUGAAACAUUGAGUACGCUUCGAUAUGCCAACCGGGCCAAGAACAUUAUCAACAAACCCACGAUCAACGAGGAUCCGAACGUGAAACUGAUCCGUGAACUGCGCGACGAAAUUUACAAGUUGAAGAUGAUGCUUUCCAGCGAUGGGUCUUCCCUUGAACCGUCUCUGAAGGUGCUGGAAGAUCUGCACAAAAAGGAAGCCCAGGAGAAGGUUCUCACCGAGGAAUGGACAGAGAAGUGGCGUGAAGCGCAAUCUAUUCUAAGAGAACAGAAAUCACUAGGACUUCGAAAAUCUGGCGUCGGAGUGGUAUUGGAUUCUGAGAUGCCCCACUUGAUCGGGAUUCAUGACGACAUCAGCACCGGAGUUACCCUUUACAGUUUGAAAGAGGGUGAGACCACCAUCGGUACGGCGGAAGCUCCCUUCCCACAGGAUAUCUCUCUAAACGGCAUCGGCAUACAUCCGGAGCACUGUCGGAUCGUUCUGAACAAUGGAAAUGCCACGAUCUAUCCAAACCCAUCAGCAACUUGUCUGUUGAAUGCAAACAGCAUCGAAGCUCCAACGGCAAUCAGCCAAGGGGACAUCCUGCUGCUUGGUAGAACCAAUAUGUUUCGCUAUAACAAUCCAGCUGAGGCAGCCAAAAUGCGUCAGGACAAUAGUCACGCUCAACGUUCGUCACGGUUGGAUCUUUCCCGAUUGUCACUGAUUGCAGCAUCACGCGAGAAUCUUUGCAGUAGCUUUAUGAGUGACGACGACAAUUUAACUUCACCUCAGAAUCAAUUGCGGUUUCGGCAGUACACUCCCAGUCGGGAGGAUACUGAGCUACAGGACGAACAUCGGAAGAUUUUACAGACGAUCGAGAAUGCGUUGAAACAGUUAAAUCUGGAGCGAUCUCGAAUGCACGAACAGUUCAAGAACAAGAUUAAAUUAUGCCGCGAUGAGUUGGACCGGUUGGAAAGCAGCAAACGAGACAGAUUAAUGAUCCUAGACUGUCGGAUAGACGAGCUCAUGGCCCGCCGGGAAAUGAUACUCUGGGAGAAGAGUAACGAAAAAACUCAGGUGGACAUUUUAGUUAGACAGCUAUCGGCACUUCAGACGCAGCUAGACACGAAGAAGCGCGAUUUCUACGAGUAUGUCGCUAAAGAACUUCAGGAGCUGCAGGACUGUGGCAAACUGGACGAGGCAAGCAUAGAACUAAUCCAAAACGCGCCCCACACGGAGGACUAUUCAGAAACUUUGCUCACAAUUUCAAAAUCUCUGGAUAACUAUUCGGCACAGUACAUUCGGGAGUACAUCCGAAGGAAUCGCGAGGAACUUGACAAGUACGAACGGGAGCUUCACGCGAAGGAAUCCUUGCUGGACGAAAGUAAUCGGAAGAUUGCCGAACUGGACCAAAAGAUUGGCGAACUGGAGCAGCAGAAUCAGGAGUUGCUGCAGCAACGCUCGCAGCUCGAGCUGGAGGAGAUGCAGAGAAAAAAACUGUCUAUGACACUGAAUCUAGCUAAAAGCACUGCUGACUCCAACGGCCGAACCGAUUCGAUCGGUGCCGCAAACCAACUAUCGCCAUCAGUUUCGGACUCGCGAACGUUGGAAACCUGUGACACAUUCCACACGGCCAAUUCGGACUGUUCGUUUGUGUCGGCUCUGAACACACCGGCCCUGGAUGUUUCAGUGAACCAACUGCUACCAACUCCGAACAGUAACAGCUCGGUGGAGGAAACCGAAUCCGGAAUGGAUCACGAGUCCGACUACGAGGAGCCUGGUUUGGUUGGUCAAGGGAUGAGUGACAGUGGGGUUAGUUUCGAAACUAACAAGAUCAGCAGUGAGAGCAAUGGGAAGCUGAAUGGAAAGUUGCUGUUCCGAUCGGACGAUCACUGUUUACUGUUGAGCACGUCUACUCCGAAUCCUAGGUACGCAAACAAGACGUUGAUUGUGAAUGGGAGUAACAUUGAAAUUAGCCGCGGUUCGCCGGAAAGUGGCGAGGAUGGUAGAGCUAGAGGAUCCAGUGAUGAAUCGGAUGAGAAUUAUGACCACGGUCCAGAGGCGGAGGUUGGGAAUGUGACGCGGACAACACAAUUGGUGCGGCUCGGUGGAAGCAAUAAGAAUAGUGUGAGGACGGAGAUUUUCGACAUUAGGCACGGAAUUCAUCCGUUGCGCGUGUGCAGUCGAAGUGGCGAUGACGAGGAAGAUGAUGAUGAUUCACAUUCGUCCUCGCUGGACAAUAAUUCGAUCAAUUCGUCAACAGCCAACCUGAUUCUAUGUGAAAUGAAUCUUUUGCGAGAAAGCAUCGCGACAAAGAAGGCAGAAAUCAUGAAGAUCCUUGAAAUGAACGGCGACAAAUCUCAGUUGGAUGGAAAGAUAAACGAACUGGAGGAUCUACAAAAACGAAUUGUGUUACUGGAGAUUAAGGUGCAGGAUGUGGAGAAAAACUGCCUCUCGGACGGGGAUGGCGGGGGAAUCGAGUCGACUCGAGAUUUGCCGGGUAGUUUCACCGACAGCGACGAUAGUCGAAUGAAUUCCUGCAUCUACUCGGAUUAUGCGCGGCGUCGGACGGAAAGCAGUAUAUAUGCGCCAAGUGUGACCCGGUCACUGCCGUCCAUCGAGAGUUCGUAUCGUUCGGAAUAUUUGAUUAAUAUUCCAACGUAUAUAAUUCGAGGAGCGGGAAAACAAACCCACUACGAGUAUGAGGUGAAGAUAAACCUACCCGAUGAUCGGUGGACGCUGUUAAGAAGGUACAGCCGGUUCCGGGAGUUGCAUCUCAAAAUGAAGAACAUGUACGGCGAUAAGGUUUCGCCAAUACCAUUUCCCCGGCGGGAACUAUUUGCCUCGAACACGGAAUCUGUGGCGAAAAACCGCCGGCGUCAGUUGGAAGUUUACCUCCGGAGGUUGCUGAUCGUUUGCUCGAAACUACCGCAUAGCCCUAUCUACGAGGGCGAAGGUCGACCGGGUCUGACUAAGGCUACCCUGAUUGAGCUGCAUUCGGGUUUUUUCAAGAAGGGUUUGUUCGAAACGGGAAAGCACGGGACAGGUUAGGUUGCAGUUUUUGAAGGAAUUGAAGUUAUGGAAACAGAGCUAAAGCGGAAAGUAACAAAGAUUUGUAAGGCUGAUUUUAAAACGUGUGUGCAUAGGACAAAACUAUAAUUAGUAGUCCAUAGGUUUUCUUUAAUUUUAUCUUAGCUUUAAUUAGUACAUGUUUGCUAGCCAAAACAAACACAAAUGAAAGGAAGGAAGAAUAUUGACGACAAUAAAUUAUGUAGAUCUGUGCAUGGCAAGUGCUGCCUAUUGGUAAUGGAGUCAACCUCUUGUUCUAUUUGAACCCUGAUGGAUCAGAGGCUUGAAUCGCCUUUGAGCGUUUUCCCGUACUAUUGUUAUUAGCCAGAUGGCUUGAUCCAGUUUUGAGAGUGAAUCAAAACAGAUUUCAAAGCCUGAGUGUAACAGAAAAAAACUGAUUCAUUUGUUUGGAAAAAAAAACUAUAUAAUUAACAUUGUUAUUUGCCCAAUUUUUCAUCCACAAUUGAUCAUAUUGCCUUAUGUAUGAGAAAAUCAGUUUUGAGACCUCUUCGUGAUGAUUUCGACUCACAAUACAUACACAUAUACAAACAACUGUGAUUUUUCAUCCCCCUUAUGAAAAAAUAUCAAUCCCGUAGAAUGGAGGACAAAUUAGUUUCAUUGGUAAGUGCAUUAGUUUAAAAACAGUAGAUAAAGUUAUAUUUAAAACUGAUGGAAAAAAACUAUUACUGUAAGACAGCAGAAACAACGUUAAUCGAAUCGCGUUGUAUAUAACCGUUACUGUGUUAAUUCAUCUGUUUGUAUUUGUUAAACAGAGCUAAAAGGCGAGCUUUGUCAAACUACCAACGUGAUCCUGAUUCCUAGGUUUGUAAGGAUAGUUUCUAAGUGUUAACAUCUACAAACUAGAAUACAAACAAACAAACAAAUCAAAUCUAUGAAAUGGCAAUCUAGUUGUAAACCGUACAAGCCAAUGUAGUAAUCGUGCUUGAAACAAUAAAAAUAAUCUUUGUUAGCUAGAAUGAACGGUGACAGUACAGCAUAGCAGUUUGGUGUUGCAUUCAAAUUAGUACCGUUGAAACAAAACGUGGAAUUAAUUGUAUUCGUCGAGUUAUACGACAUUAGCUAGCGAUGAGAACAAAAUCAAAACAAAGUCUAAAAUAACGAUCUGAAUCGAUACAUGUAACAGAUGACGUGUCAGUUUUUUUGUAUUAGAAUAGAAUCAUAGCAAAAUAUAAACAAUUGUGGCAGA